AUGUCAAAGUUUUUCAAUGCUGAUUUGUUAAGCAAGAAGAAGAUUAAACCUCUCACACUCGUAUUUAUUCAACAACAAGAGAAGAGGAAGCUCUUGCUCGGAUUGAAAAAAAGAGGAUUUGGAAUGAAUAAAUUUAAUGGAUUCGGAGGAAAGGUUGAAGCUCAAGAUUUAUCCAUAAAACAUGCCGCAGAGAGAGAAUUAAUGGAGGAAGCAGGAAUUUGUGCUACUAAUUUAAUCAAGAGAGGUUUAAUUAUUUUCGAAUUUGAUCCACACAUAGAAUCAUCAGUCUUGGAAGUUCAUGUUUAUUCAUCACCAGAUUAUACUGGUGAAAUUACGGAGAGUGAAGAGAUGAAACCAGAAUGGUUCGAUUUUCAAGGUAUUCCCUAUGAGAAAAUGUGGGUAGAUGAUGCUAUUUGGUUUCCUUUACUUUUGGAGAAUCCUACUCAAUUAUUUAAAGGGCAUUUCAUCUUUAGUGAUUUCUCGAACAUUCAAGAGUAUGAACUGGUAAAAGUGGAAUCUCUCGACGAAAUUGGUUCUUUUGUAUUGAAAGAGUAA